AUGGAUGGGCAGGAGGAUUGGCCGUGGUGGUACUGGGGCUCUGACUAUCCGAAAGAGCAGUGGCCUUUCUUGCGAAAGUCGGUGCUCUUCAGCGGUGACCAGCGCCGGACCUUCAGCAGCCCGGGCGAGUUGAAUGCAUUGCUGGAUCCUCAAGUGCGAAGAGAGCUCCGAGCAGCAGAGGACCUGCUGGAGACCAAGAAGGCUGAAUUGGGAGAACAGUGUUGGAACUCCAACGGAACCAGCUCUACCUGGCGAAGCUUGGAUGCCAGCAACACCUGGAUGACCUUGGGGCAAGCGCUACAGAGCUCAGAGGCUCGACAAGCCUUACGGAAUUGCAUCCACGCGAAGAAUGCUCAGGAACCAGAGGCGGUAUCCUUCCUCUACAACCUGCUGUCCUUCAAGGGUUGCAACAGCCGUGGCCCUGAUUCACAGUUCCGCGUGCGCGGCGGAACGCAGGCGCUGCCCCUGCGUCUCCAGCGGCGGCUGGGCGCCGUGAAGCUGCGCCACGAGGUCACCGGAGUUCGAAGUGCUCAGGAUGGUGUGAUGUUGUCCAUACGCGGCCGCAAGCCCUUGCGAGCGAGAGCAGCGAUUCUGACAGGGCCGCCACCAGCAAUCUUGAAGAUGGAGUUUGAUCCCCCGCUCAAGGGCUUGGAUGCCCAGUGGCUGCAGCGAAUGCCCAUGGGCACCUCCCUGAAGCUGGCAGCUGUGUACGAGCAGGGCCCAUGGUGGCGCCACUUGGGCCUUCAGGGCGACAUCCUCAGCUUGGCGCCCGGCAACUGGUCACUCCCUGCGCCUGACGAGAAGCUGCCCUUGUUUGUGCAAUGCAUGGACCACUCGCCCUACUCGCAGCAGAUCGGCGUGAUCGUUUGCUUCCUGGAAGGUCGUCAAAAUCUCUACUUCACUCAGCUUCCUCCCGCUGAGCAGCAGCGGCUCUUCGUUGACUUCCUGGCGCAUGCCUUGGGGCCGGAGGCCCAAAGCUUCGAGCCCAGCUUCGUAUCCCACAACUGGGCCGACCAACCCUUCGCGCGGGGCGCCUAUACCGGCUUCUUCCCUCCCGGCGUGAUCUCGGUGCCAUCCUACUGGGCUGCCUUUCAACAGAUGGAAAAGUUGCCCAAUGUCUUCCUCGCAGGCUCCGACUAUCACCUUGGCUUUGGCAACGGCUACAUCGAGGGUGCCAUUCGCGACGGCCAGCGAGCCGCGCAGAAGGUGGCCUUGCGCCUGGGCGAGCGUGUGGUCGUGUGA